CAAGGAGAUGAGGAGAUGAGAAACUGCUCCGGCUCGGCCUGUCCUCCCAACAGUUCGGAGGAGGAACUGCCCCGGGGACUGGAGGCGCAUGGGAAUCUCGAGCUCGCCUUCACGGUGCUGUCAGCUGUGAUGGUGGCGCUGCUCAUGUUCUCGCUGGGAUGCUCUGUGGAGAUCCAGAAGCUGUGGUCGCAUGUCAGGAGACCCUGGGGCAUCGCGGUGGGACUGCUCUGCCAGUUCGGGCUCAUGCCUCUCGCAGCCUACCUCCUGGCCGUCAGCUUCUCUUUGAAGCCAGCCCAAGCGAUCGUGGUUCUCAUCAUGGGGUGCUGCCCAGGGGGGACCGUCUCUAACAUUUUCACCUUCUGGGCUGAUGGAGAUAUGGAUCUCAGCAUCAGUAUGACCACCUGCUCCACUGUGGCUGCCCUGGGAAUGAUGCCCCUCUGCCUUUAUCUCUACACCUGGUCCUGGAGCCUUGAGCAGAGUCUCUCCAUUCCCUAUCAGAACAUAGGAAUUACCCUGGCGUGCCUGACCAUUCCUGUGGCCUUCGGUGUCUAUGUGAAUUAUAAAUGGUCAAAACAGUCCCAAAUCAUCCUCAAGCUCGGGGCCAUCAUCGGUGGGGUCCUCCUGCUGGUGGUCGCGGUCGCUGGUGUGGUGCUGGCAAAAGACUACUGGAACUCAGACACUGCCCUUCUGACCAUCGGCUUCAUCUUUCCUUUGAUCGGCCACAUCAUGGGCUUUCUCCUGGCACUUCUUACCCACCAGUCUUGGCAAAGGUGCAGAACCAUUUCCUUAGAAACUGGAGCUCAGAAUAUUCAGAUGUGCAUCACCAUGCUCCAGUUGUCUUUCACUGCUGAGUACUUGGCCCAGAUGUUCAGCUUCCCAUUGGCCUAUGGCCUCUUCCAGCUGUUGGAUGGAAUUCUUAUUGUUGCAGCAUAUCAGACGUACAAGAGACUGAAGAACAGACACAGAAGAACCAACCCAGAUUGUGUAGAAGUCUGCCGUAAGGAAUCCUCUUCGCCCAAAGAGACUGGUGCUUUCUUAGAGGUGACGGAAGAGGCUGCUGUGACUCCCGGGCCAUCCGACCUAAUGGAAUGCCACAGGGCUCUCGAGCCAGCUGGCCACAUCACUUCUUGUGGGUAGUGGGGUCUUGUUGGCCAGACUGUUCCCUGUACCCCUCAGCGGCCGGGAAGGAUGGAGCAGAGCUGACGCAUCAAUCUCUCUGGGAGGGAGGGCCUGUGCGAAUAUUUAAGUGUGGAGUGCUGGAAUACUUAUAUUUUUGUGUGGGUUGUGAAUUGUGAUAGGAUCAGUGUUUGAGAAUGCGUUCCGCUCAUUUCAGGAUCUCCCACAAGCUGUGCUAGCCGCUGUGCGUGUUCUCGUCCUCCCACACAGGAGUAGUGCCCCGCAGUUGGCACUUCCAUGCCCUCCGCUAGUGAAGUCGCCCUCACCUGCGGGCUUUCACCUCUCAAGAGUUAGGACUCUGCACAGGAUUGUCACCUCAGGCUGCAGGGCAAGCAGGGACUGGGUCCACACGACUUCUCGACUUUGGGCAGAUCCUCUGGAGCAUGGGGAGGAAACAUGCAGUUCUUACACAAUGGGGAUAGCCUUUUUACAAAUGCAUGCUAAUUUUUAAGGACUUGACCAUCUUUUUUGAUUAUAGAUGUAAUACAAGUGUAGAGGAAUUUAAAGAACACAUGCGGUUAAAAAGCAAAUGCCCUGUAGUUUUAUUCCCAAGAGGCAGACACGUGUAUACCCUCCGAAUCUACAUACACGCACCACAUCAUUUAAAAACUCCUGACUCCUCCCGUAGAGCCUGUUUGUAAGUCACGUGAUGAUACAUUGUGGAAAAUCUGUAAAGUCAGUCUUCAGUCGGUGCUAACCUACCUCAUUGUUUGGAACAGUGGCUAUGUAGAAGGAUUUCACUGUGCGGAAGGACUGUGGUGUAUUUAACUGGUCGUUAUUUAUGGACAUUUGAUAGCUUUUAACUUGUCAGUGUCACAGUGCUGCUACCAACCCCUUGUCCUUGGGUGUCUGUGGGCUCACUUCCUGCACUUGGCUGCCAGGCGGGCUGCUCCCUGGGACACUGGACGGGCUGCUCUUGGGCAGAGUGGUACAGCAGUGCCUGAUGGCCUGGCCCCUGCAGUCUCACCAGUCUAGAGUCAUCAAUUUUGAUUGGCAAAAACAUCACAAUUAAAAUUACAUUUAAGGGGCCGGCAGGUG